AUGUCCAACAGUCCAGAGGCUCCUGAUUCCUUGGAGAGCGACUGGUCAAGCUUCCGGCGCAUAAUAGAAGAGCAGGUCGGGGUGAUUCCGAAUGAGGAAGAUGUGACAAAGUCUAGAAAUGCAGAGUUGGACUCAGCCAUCUCUCAGGCUCGCGAGCUUGUUGACGCAACACCAGAUGGCCACAUAGAUAAACCGGAGAGGGUGUAUUCCCUCGGGAAACAGCACCAGAAUCGAUACGUAAGCUUUUUGCCAUCGAGAUCCUACUUGAGUGGUCACCUGAGUCACGAUUAUCAGAAGAGAAAGGUAGCGGAGAUAUCAGAGGCUGUGCGACUAUUUGAAGAGGCGCUCGCGAGGCAACCAGAAAGACAUCCCCAAAGGUCAGAUUGGCUGCACUCUCUCGGAGCAGGACUACAGUCAUUCUAUUUCGAAACUGGAGAGAUUGAUAGACUAGAGACCGCUAUUGUCAGGCUAGAGGAGGCAGUAAACGCAACGCCGCAAUGCGACUCCUUCCUCGCAGAUCGCCUACACUCACUCGGGUCUGCCUAUCGCAGCAAGUAUGGGUUUACCGGAAUGAUCGAGGAUCUGGAACUAGCAUUCCAACAUCAUCAGAGAGCAGUCGAUACUACGCGCUCGGAUGAUGCGGAGUGGACGAAUCGGGUGUUUAACCUAGGGGAUUUACACUUCACGCGAUACAAACGCUUGAAUGCAAUCGCGGACUUGGAAGCAGCCUUUGAGAAGUUCCAAGAAGUAACCGGGGCAACCCAAAACGGCGAUCUGGAAUAUGCAACAAGAUUGCAGGCUCUGGCAACUGUCUUGUAUGAGAGGUACUUAAGGCUAAAAGCUAUCAAAGAUCUCGAUAUGUCCAUCAGCCUUUUUGGCGAUGCGCUCAAUGAAUCGCGGACUCCUCUGCUCCGGGCUCAUAUGCUCCAUUCAAUUGGUCUAGCUUAUCAAGCCAAGUUCCGUAAAGAACGAGCACCGACAUGGAUCAACAUAGCGAUUGCGUAUCACCAAAGGGCCCUCGAUGCAAUGCCUAGCGACCAUAAAGGACGGGGAGAGUUGCUGCAUUCUCUAGGUGAAAGUCACUAUCUCAAGUAUGACGCGGGGGCAAGCAAAGGAACAACAGAUAUAGACAGUGCGUGUCAAAGAUUUCAAGAAGCGCUGGACGAAACUCCCAAUGACGUACCGGAGCGAACAAGGCGCCUCCAUUCUCUCUGUACGGCAACCAUCUACCAAGCCUUGGAAGCAGGACGUGCACCGAGUACAGUGCAGAUCCUAAAACAUCUACAUGAAGCCUUUGCUAAUACUUCAUCCCCAACUUCGAGCCGAAUCCGUGUAGGGAAACAGUUAUACGCCCUGCAUGUCGAAUGUCAGGAAUGGUCCCUUGCCGCGGAAGUGGCCCAAAUGACCAUUUCGCUGAUUCCCAGACUCGCGCCUCGCUCUCUGGAGAAUUCAGACAAGCAGAAUAUACUCGCCGAGGUGGCCGAUAUAGCCUCUGAUGCUGCCGCACUUGCCUUGAAGACAGGCAAACCCCCAUAUGAGGCCAUUCGACUCCUGGAACUUGGGCGGGGAGUACUUGGCGGGUCGCUGAGAGAACUGCGCACAGAUAUCUCCAAGCUUCAAGUGAAGAACCCCCAGCUAGCCGAGGAGUACUGCAGAAAUCGAGAUCAACUGGAGGCGGCGACAUCAUCCGCUGAUCGGUUUAAUCAACGAUAUGAGGCUGGACAAAACAUUGAGCGAACGAUUCGAGCCAUUCGGCAACUUCCCCCGUUUAGUCGAUUCAUGAUGGGCCCUUCUGAAGAUGAAAUGAAGGUCCUUGCUGCCAUGGGACCGAUUGUCAUUAUCAACGUCAGUUACUACGGUUGUCAUGCUCUUACCGUGGAGAAGAGUGGGAUCAAAGCAUUGAAACUGCCAGGUCUGAGGAGAGAUGGCUUGAGAUUUCGUGGAGUAAGCUUGAACCUCUUGGGUUGGCUAUGGGAUGCAAUUGCAGAUCCCAUUCUCAACGCUCUCGGAUUCACAGAGACACCAAAGGACCAGUGGCCGCGUAUGUGGUGGGUUCCUACAGGGCGCCUGGCCAAAUUCCCUCUUCACGCAGCAGGGCAUCAUGUCGAUGGAUCCUCACGAGUGGCCAUGAAUCGAGUCAUUUCAUCUUACAGUUCCUCUAUACAGGCACUUAUCCAAAACUAUGAGAACCAUUCUUCGGCAAGGCAUCUGAGAGAGAAGAUCCUCCUGGUCGGCAUGGAAAAGACGCCCGGUCAAAUUAACCUCCCGUUCGUUCCGCAGGAGAUCGACAAAGUACGAAGUAUUUGUGGAUCCAUGGAGGUCCAUGUAGCUGGAGGUGAUUCUUCUUUGGAAAGCAUCCUAUCAUCCUUGAAGGACUGCGACAUCUUUCAUUUUGCGGGCCAUGGCCACACAAACCCGUCAGACCCCUCGGAUAGCUCUCUGCUGCUGGGGGAUGGUGCAAAGAAGCUCACUGUAUCAAGUCUCCUCAAGAUGAAUCUGUGGACGCGAAUGCCGUUUCUCGCCUAUCUGUCCGCCUGCGGAACCGGACGGAUGAAUCAUGAUGAGCUUAUCGAUGAGGCCCUUCAUCUGAUCAGUGCUUUCCAACUUGCCGGCUUUAGACAUGCCAUUGGCACUAUGUGGGAGGUUAAUGAUGAAUUAUGCGUGGAAGUAGCGGGUGCUACGUACCAGUGGAUGAAAAGCCACGGCAUGAGUGAUGCUUCUGUGAGUGAGGGUCUUCACCGAACAAUCCGGGAGCUUCGUGCCAAGUGGGUAACAGAAAAAGAGUUUCGAGCGGCUAAGCGUAUGUCAGAGAAUCUAAAAAGAUGCAGCAUUGACAACCACCAGACCGGGUCUUCUGAAGGAUUGGCAAGGGACAUGAUCUUUAUCCCAGAUGAGGAGUUGCCACUUUCUUGGGUUCCAUAUGUUCAUUUCGGCUUUUGA